AUGGGUGCACAAUUUCGUUUGAGAAGCUUAUAAUAGGAGAACAUGUGUUUAGAAAGCACUCGUAAAUAAUGUUAAACAAGAAGGAAUGCAAACUUGAAGAAGAGAUUUCAAACUGAAUAGAUGACUGUAUUAUCAAAAAUAGAAUUGUCUCAUAAUGGUAAAGAUCAAGUUGAAUUAAUCUAUGAAUCAUAUCCUGUCAUUUAAGAAAGAAUAACUAGAACUAAUAAGAAGGUAUAAUAAAGAUUGAAUGUUCAAUCCCCUUAAUUUAAAAUGUAUCAAUAAACUAGUAAGACAAUUUCAUUUCAUCAAGUAAAAAGAAUACUUUAAACUUAUAUAAAUUAAUGA